CCCUCAUAUGUGACAAAAUGGAACUGUUUUCAUUAAUCUGUGCUAUUUGUCUGCUGUCUUCCUGUCAAAUGCAAGGCUCCAGUGCUGUGACUCCUGUGUUUGUGCAGAAGGGAAAGGAUGUUCUUCUGAACAUCAUGACACCUGAUGUUCCAGAGAACUUUUUUAUUCUUUCAUGGAAAUUCAAUGCAAAUCUUGUUUUAGUAACAUAUUUACCUGAUAAAGAACCAACAGUCUCUAAUAAUUACACUGGAAGGAUUGAGACUGAUGUGAAAAAAUACUCACUGAAAUUAAACAAUCUACAAGAGGCAGACAGUGGAGUUUAUACUGCACGAGUGACAGGGUCUGAAGAAGAACGAAUACUAGCUGAAUACAACGUCAGAGUUCAAGGUCCAGUGUCUCCAGUUGAACUGUCAGUGGACUCCAGUGUGUCCAGCAGCUCAGACUCCUGUAACCUCACUGUGACCUGCAGAACACAGGACUCUCACAUCAGCAGCACUUUCACAUGUGACACCCAAACCUGCAGUCCGGAGGGAGGAGAGCGGUCAGAGGUCACAACCUCUGCUGCUUCUCUACAUGUCUACCUGCUGAAUGACUCAAUCAUCUGUAACCAUAGCAACCAGGUCAGCUGGACCGAGGACAUUAAAAAGGCAGAACAUUUCUGCCCCCAACUUGCUGAUCCAUAUGAAAAACGCAUUACUGUCCCAGUGCUCAUUGUUGUCAUCACAGUUUUUUUCAUAACAAUGCUUACUGUUCUUGCUGUAGUGUACUGUCGUCGAAAGAGACGAAAAUAUGAAAGAGAGAACAGAGAAAAUACAGUCUAUGCAACUCCUCAGGUUGAAUCUACAACCCAUCCUCUGAAUCAGAUCCCAACAGAUGCUUCAGGUCUUUCUCCAACCACCACCUACAGCUCGGUAGGGCUUCACACUGGACCUGUGGGAUCACCUGAGAGAGGCAGGACUCUGCCAGAGAGCCUGUAUGCUCAUGUAGAAAGGGCCAGAUCCUGAAACAGUCAAACUUCAGUCCAAACCAUAGACUGUGGUCCAAACACACUCUCACACAUACAUGCAUGUUAGUGCACACUGUACUAGCAAGGUACACCUAGCUUGUAGCCUUGGUUUCCUGUUCUUGGCUGACAGGAGUGGCACCCUGUGUGGUCUUCUGCUGCGGAAACCCAUCUGCUUCAAGG